GCUUCAGCAACUUGGAACUUCGACAAUGUUGAUAGAAGUAUUAGAUAUGCAAGCCGAAUAGGGCCCAAAUCAAACUCAAAAUCGAAAUAGCAACGGUGAAACAAACAAACAGAAAAAUGAAGAAGACGAGGGAGAUCCUGCAACGGAGGCUGAGCGAACAAGAAUCAGAAGCCGUAUCACGAAUCCAAUCUGUUCCUUCCAUCAGAACCGGCGAUAACUCAAGCUUCUACGAACACUUCAUUUUGACUGGCAUCAAAGUUGACCAAGUCCAACCUGGUUUCGUCUCAUGUUCGUUCAAAAUCCCUCAACGCCUCACCGACAGCAAUGGGAAAUUAGCUAAUGGUGCAAUUGCAACUCUUGUGGAUGAGGUUGGAGGUGCUGUUAUCCAUGAAGAAGGUCUCCCCAUGAAUUUUUCAGUUGACAUGUCUAUUUCUUUUCUUUCAACUGCUCAUGUUAAUGAUGAACUAGAAAUUACUUCUAGGCUGUUAGGAAGGAAAGGAGGUUAUUCUGGAACAAUUGUUCUCGUAAAAAAUAAAGCUACUGGAGAAUUGAUAGCAGAAGGCCGGCAUUCGCUAUUUGGUAGACAUAAUAGCAAAAUGUAAUUCUUUAUUAUAUGGUAUAUGUACAUAAGUAUAUGCAAAAAUAUCAGGGUUUUCUUUUUGAAACAGAUUUGGGUAUCUGUCAUUAGCUGCAUAAGUACUUGGUGAUAACAUAAUUUGAUAUUUUGCACCUCAACAAGUGAAAACAAAUAAAGAAAUGAAAUUCCAGCUGCGAUGAUGGUGGGUUUAAUGUAUAUUUGGAUUCA